AUGCUGCGCUUCCUCGUCUUAGCCACCCUGGUCCUUUAUGGACACAGCACCGAGGACUUUCCAGAAACCAAUGCCCGGGUAGUUGGAGGGACUGAGGCCAAGAAGAAUUCCUGGCCCUCUCAGAUUUCCCUUCAGUACCUGUCCAAUAAUAACUGGUAUCACACCUGUGGAGGGACCCUCGUCAAAAAGAACUGGGUGAUGACAGCUGCUCACUGCGUGGACAGCAAACUGACUUUCCGUGUGGUGGUUGGAGACCACAACCUGAGCCAGAACGAUGGCACCGAGCAGUAUGUGAAGGUGCAGAAAAUUGUGGUGCACCCAUCCUGGAACAGCAACAACGUGGCUGCCGGCUAUGACAUCGCGCUGCUGCGCCUGGCCCAGAGUGUUACCCUCAACAGCUAUGUCGCGCUGGGUGUUCUGCCAAAGGAGGGAACCAUCCUGGCUAACAACAGUCCUUGCUACAUCACAGGCUGGGGCAGGACCAGAACCAAUGGGCAGCUGGCCCAGACCCUGCAGCAGGCUUACCUGCCCUCUGUGAGCUAUGCCAUCUGCUCCAGCACCUCUUACUGGGGCUCCACUGUGAAGAACACCAUGGUGUGCGCUGGAGGAGAUGGAGUUCGCUCUGGAUGCCAGGGUGAUUCUGGAGGCCCCCUCCACUGCUUGGUGGAUGGCAAGUAUGCUGUCCAUGGAGUGACCAGCUUCGUUUCCAGCCAGGGAUGUAAUGUCUCCAAGAAGCCCACAGUCUUCACCAGGGUAUCUGCUUACAUCUCCUGGAUAAACAAUGUACUACAGAAGUUGGGGAAAACUGUGGAAACCAAAGAUGAACGGUUCGAACAAAGUGCCAACAACUUCUACCAUCAACAGUUUGUUUACAUCAGCAACUUGUUAACAUAUAAAUCUCUUAGCCUUAAGAUUAAAUCUCUUAAUCUGUAG